CCAUCACUAUACUGUGCCCAUGCGGAAGAAUGCGCAUGCGCGGUUACCUCCACGCCCGCACCUGAGGAAAAGGAUGUUGCGCAUGCGCAGUCGCAAAUCAGGAAUUGGUGAUUCAGGAGCUGCCGGUUUGUUGUUGUCGGUGUUGUUGUAGUUAUUUCAGGGGUGAUGUCCGCCUCCUCAGCCGAGGCUCUGGCCGCGUACUCCAGCGGUAAAAUGGCUGAUAAGGACGCAGGCCUGGAGACUGCCCUCGGCAGCGCGUAUUCCCCGGUGGACUACAUGAGCAUCACCAGCUUUCCACGCUUGCCCGAGGACGACGUGGUGAUGGCCGCGGAGAGCGGCCUCAAGUCCCGCAGAGACGAGGACAAUUUCCUGGGUGAACAGGACACAGACCCGGAUUUGUUUCUGAAGUCGGCUCGUCUGCAGCGUUUGACCUCAUCUGCAUCGGACCUGGCCAGUCACGAUUCUUCUCCCCUGAGAGAGACGAGGCGAGACCCUCUGGCGGAGGACUGCGCCUGUACACGAGACGGCCUCACAGUCCUCAUCACAGGCUGCCUGACCUUCGCCACCGGGGUCACCAUCGCCCUCAUCGUGCAGAUCUAUUUAGGAGAGCCGCAGAUCUUUAAUCAGGGUGCCGUGGUGACAGACGUGGCUCACUGCACGUCUCUGGGGUUUAAUGUUCUGAGUCAGCGAGGUUCCAGCGUAGACGCUGCCAUCGCCGCUGCUCUCUGCUUGGGCAUCAUCCACCCCCACACCUCAGGCAUCGGCGGUGGAGGAGUGAUGCUGGUCCAUGACAUUCGGAAUAACGAGAGCCGCAUCAUUGACUUCCGUGAAACGUCGCCCUCUGGCCUGCAGGAGGAGAUGCUGCAGGACCUACAGCAGAAGCCGGGUCUCAUGGUGGCAGUCCCGGGCAUGCUCAGUGGACUGCAUCAAGCUCACCAGCUCUACGGAAAAAAGUCUUGGAAGGAGGUGAUCACCAUGGUCGCAGACGUCGCCAGGAACGGCUUCAACGUAACCCAUGACCUGGCGCACGCUCUGUCCCAGAUUAAGGUAGAGAAUGUCUCCAAGGCUUUUCUGGAGCUCUUCCUACCUGGAGGACAUCCUCCACUCUCCGGCCUCUUUAUGAAGCGCCAGGAUUUGGCGGCCAUUUUGGACAGAGUGGCAGCCAAUGGGAUCUCGGAGUUCUACGAUGGAAAUCUGACGCAGGAGAUGGCGUCUACGGUUCAGGCCAGUGGAGGAGUUCUGUCCGAGCUGGAUUUCAGUAACUACUCUACAGUCCUUGAGCAGCCGAUACAGAGCCGUUACCAAGGUUAUCAGAUCAUGGCUGCACCUCCUCCUCAUGCUGGAGCUGGCCUUCUUACAGCCCUCAACAUCUUAGAAGGUUAUAACAUCAGCAGCCAGACUCAGAAGAGCAGCACCCUCCACUGGAUUACUGAGACUCUGAAAAUCGCCUUGUCUCUGGCCAGUGCUCUUGGAGACCCCAUGUUUGAACCGUCUGUCUCUGAAGGUGUGGAUCGUAUGUUAAGUAAAAGUCAAGCUGCUCAGUUCCGGCAGAUGAUCAACAACUCGUACUCCUCUCCUCCUGGUCAUUACUCACCCAGCUAUGCUCUGGAGGAGGGCACAGGGGUCAGCCAGGUCAUGGUCAUGGGGCCUGAUGACUUCAUCGUCUCUGUUAUGAGCUCUAUGAAUCAGCCUUUCGGCAGCCGCAUCGUGACACCCUCAGGAAUCCUCCUGAACAGCCAAAUUCUCGACUUUUCCUGGCCCAACAAGAGCCAAAAUUCUGCUCCAGCCAAUCCGCACAACAGCGUUCAGCCUGGGAAAAGGCCACUCUCGUUCCUCAUGCCCACCGCCGUCAGACCCUCGCUGGGUGUCUGUGGUACCUACAUGGCACUCGGAUCCUCCAACGGUGACCGAGCGCUCAGUGGCAUCACACAGGUUCUGAUGAACGUCUUGUCUCUGCAUAAGAAUCUAAGCGACAGCCUGACCAUUGGACGUCUUCACCCUCAGCUCCAACCCAACACGCUCUUGGUGGACGCGGAGUUUCAGAGCGCAGACGUGGAGACGCUGCAGCAAAAAGGCCACAAUGUUCAGAGGGUGGAGGUCAUCUCACUGGUGGAGGGAACCAGGAGAACCAACGACAUCAUCAUUGGAGUGAAGGACCCUCGCAGCGCCGACGCGUCCGCCCUCACCAUGUUAACGUCCAUGCCCUAAUCCUGUCCACGUUUCCGCCACGAUGUGCUCUACUGUGUGUGCAAUAACGCAAGCAUAAACUGAAUGUAGACUACUAACACACACACACACACACACACACACACACACACACACACACACACACAUGGCAUGCUGACUCCCAGAGGUCACUAAACUACACAUCAUCCAUGCUGCCUGAAGAUUAAAUUCAGAUCUGGUGUUAAACUUCAUUUCAGGCGAUCUGAUCACAAGCGGACUGGUCGUCAUGGAGACGUGAGCUAAUCACUUUAAAGGUUUUAUUUACUUCUAAAAACUUCAGAAAUUCAGAAUGCUAGUUUACAUGCGUCUCCCAUCACUCAUUGAAUCAAUCAUAUAUUUGUGGUCCUGGGGGGCGGAGCUUCAUAAACACUGGAAUUGUUCAAAUUUCCGACUGUUAGAGACACGAUCUUACCGACCGCACCGUAAAAAUAGUUAUUUUAUUUAGUUAUUCAAUUGCCAAAUAUUAAAAUAAUAAAUCCAUUAAAUGUAUAUUUAUCUCUUUCUCUUUUAUUAUUCUUAUUAUUUAAAUAGAAAUUAAGCGAAUGAAAGAAAACGGUUUGCAAAACAAUGCAUAAAUUUCGUCUUGCUUUUGUAACAAACAAAAAAACCCCACUCUUUUGCAGCAUAGUAUCAGAAGACUCCUUCUAUACUAUUUAAUCAACAUCAUAUUGCACAUAUUACAUGAAAGCGUGCGCCAAAUGAGCCGUUACCAUAGUAACGAUAACGUCUCGGAGCAUAAAUCCGCAGCUGCCGUAGAAAACGAAUCACCUUCCGACCAAUCAGAAUCCAGACUACUUCCGUGGUUUGUUAGUAAAAUGAGCGAAACGUUAACACCAGGUCUGAACAGGUUUCACGUUUAUACACGUGUAGAACAUGAAGGGCUGUUAGGGGGAGGAGCUUAAGUUUAAUCAAAUCAGCCAAUCACCAGUGUAGUCUAAGAUUUCUGUCUUGUGAUGCAGUUCAGUAGGAUUGAGGUGCGGUGACUGGGCAGGUGGUUCCCUGAUAAAUAUCACUCCAGACGUCUGUCUGCUCUCUAAAUAACACACACAGAAUUCAGACGUGCACUCGUCUCAUCGUCUUGUUGUACGGUGAAGUCGGUUCCAACGAGCCGCAGUCCAGAAGGAACCAACACAUGGUUCAGGAUUCCUUUUAGUUUCCAGAACCUUCCCUGCUCCAAAACAACCCCAAACAUUAAACGUCCACCUCCACGUGUGUGUGUGUGGGGGGUGAGGGGAGUCUGAUCACAUCUCCUCUCCUGUUCUCCAUCGUACACAAGUUCUUCUAGUAGAGACACAAAUUUCCCAUUUGGACUCCACAGAACAUUUUUUUUCCUCAGUCUCAAAAAUCAUAAAAGUCUUAAGCGUUUCCAAAUUUUUCACAGGCACUAUACUUAAGCUCCGCCCCCUUUGGACUUGAGCCACCAAUCACACCCUAUAAAUAUGAAUAUUAAUAUUAGUUUGUGGAUUUAUUUCUCUCGUGUACGAUUCGAGGAUUAAAAAAUGUAAAAAAAGAACUGAUGAGAAUAAUGUGGAAAAUGAUCAUGGAAAUUAUUUAAGUGGGAAAUUCUUUUGUUUGUUUGUUUUUUAAAUAAGAAUAUAAAAGUGUAGUGUGGGUGUACAUUUUGCCAAAAUGUUCGAUGAAUUUGCUUUCUCUCCAUCUUUUUUUUUUUUUUUUUCCCUUGAAUAUUUAUUAUUGUUUAUUGCGUGCAGAGUCUAUGAAUAAGAUCUUUACGAGAAGGUUUAAUGUAAAUCAAAAAUGAAGGAUGAAGUUCUUCCUCAGUGGUGUUUUUUUUUUUCUUUAGUGAAUGGAAUGAACGGUUCAGUUUCUACAUAUUUGCACUUUUUCUCUUUUUUUCUUUACAUUAGUGUUGCUUUGAAGGAUGACGUUGCUGUGUGUGUGUGUGUGUGUGUGUGUGUGUGUGUGAGCUGAUUUCAGCGUAGUGUCAAGGACUAAAUGAAGUGUUUUAUUUCCUCUGAUUUUGCAGCACAAAAUGGUUCUAGUUUGGAAUAUUUCAAUAUGUUGAAUAUGAAUGAACUUUGAUUUGCUGUGUGUUUAUUUUUUUUUUCUCUCUCUAAUGUAAUAAAGCUUGCUGUCAUGUUUA